AUGUUUACUCACAGGGACCAGGCUGUGGGCCCAAGGGACAUCACCCACACCUCCUCCACACCUCCUCCACAACCUCACCUCCUCCACACCCUCAUCCUCACCUCCUCCACAACCACACCUCCUCCACACCCUCACCUCCUCCACACCUCCUCCACGCCCUCACCUCCUCCACACCUCCUCCACAACCACACCUCCUCCACACCCUCACCUCCUCCACACCUCCUCCACACCCUCACCUUCUCCACACCCUCAUCUCCUCCACACCCUCAUCCUCACCUCCUCCUCACCCUCGCCCUCACCUCCUCCACACCCUCACCUCCUCCUCACCCUCGCCCUCACCUCCUCCACACCCUCACCUCCUCCACGCCCUCACCUCCUCCACGCCCUCACCUCCUCCACGCCCUCACCUCCUCCACGCCCUCACCUCCUCCACGCCCUCACCUCCUCCACGCCCAUACCUCCUCCACGCCCUCACCUCCUCCACACCUCCUCCUCACCCUCACGUUCUCCACACCCUCAUCCUCACCUCCUCCACACCCUCACCUCCUCCACGCCCUCACCUCCUCCUCGCCCUCACCUCCUCCUCGCCCUCACCUCCUCCACGCCCUCACCUCCUCCACGCCCUCACCUCCUCCUCGCCCUCACCUCCUCCUCAUCCUCACCUCCUCCACGCCCUCACCUCCUCCUCGCCCUCACCUCCUCCACACCUCCUCCUCACCCUCACGUUCUCCACACCCUCAUCCUCACCUCCUCCACACCCUCACCUCCUCCACACCCUCACCUCCUCCACGCCCUCACCUCCUCCACGCCCUCACCUCCUCCUCGCCCUCACCUCCUCCUCGCCCUCACCUCCUCCACGCCCUCACCUCCUCCACGCCCUCACCUCCUCCACGCCCUCACCUCCUCCACGCCCUCACCUCCUCCACGCCCUCACCUCCUCCACGCCCUCACCUCCUCCACGCCCUCACCUCCUCCACGCCCUCACCUCCUCCACGCCCUCACCUCCUCCACGCCCUCACCUCCUCCACGCCCUCACCUCCUCCUCACUCUCACCCUCGCCCCUCCCUCACCUCCUCCUCAUUGAUGUGA